AUGGUCAAAUUGGACACGGCCCGCGCCUUGGGCAAAGCCCUGAUCCAGAGUCAGCCUCUAGUGGCUGUUUUCUUCGGGGGUACAGGAGGUAUCGGACAAGUGACGUUGCGUGCACUGGCUGCCGCCGAAGCUCAGGGCGGUAAAGGGCUCCGGGCAUACGUGGUGGGGAGAAACGCCCAAGCGGCCGAAGACAUGCUUGUCGAGUGUCGUGGAAUCUGCCCACAGGGCCAAUUCAAGUUCAUCCAAGCCCAAGACCUUUCUCUGCUUGGCGACGUCGACCACGUUUGCGCCGAGAUCAUCCGUCUGGAGAAAGACGAGGGUCAAGAAGAUUCCCGGGUCGACUACCUCAUGGUAUCUCAGGGGGGAAUGCCUUUUCUUCCGCGCAAAGAUACGAAAGAGGGCAUCGACGUGACCAUGUCGCUCAUGUACUAUUCCCGCAUGAGGAUCAUCACCAAGUUAGUGCCACUCCUCCUCAACUCCCGUCUCCCCACCGCCACGGUGGUGUCGGUUUACGCCGCGGGGAUGGAAGGGGACCUGGACUUGGACGAUCUGUCCCUCCGCGACACGACACGGUACAAGUACACGCGGGCGCGAUCGCACAUGUGCUACAUGCACACGCUGUUCAUGGAGGAGCUGGCCCAGCGCCACCCGGGGAAACUAAGCUUGGUCCACAUCUUUCCUGGCAUCGUCGUCGGCCCGGGCUUCCACAGCACAGAACUACCCAUGUGGUUCAGGAUCCUGUUCCACUGGGUCGUCAUCCCCCUGUUCGGGCGUCUGUUGACCGUGCCGCCGGCCGAGUGCGGCGAGCGCAUGUUGUCGCUAGCCUCGGAUCUAUACCCGGCACACCCGGCUCAAGCAUCACCGAUCGCCGCUCAUGACACUUCUCAGACGACGACGACGAUGGCGGAGGGAGUCAUCACAGGAACAGCAGGGACGCCAGGCAGUGGCGUGUAUUCGCUCACCUGGAAUGGCGAGAGUAAUUUCAACGUCAAGGCAUACCAGAAGAUCAAUAGGGAGGAUGCGAGGAUCAAGGUCUGGGAACAUACCGUCAAGUGUUUCGACGUUGUGGAAGCAGGAAAGGUCUUUACGGAGUGA